AAGAUGUGUGACUGUGACCGUAUGAUAGGUGGGCGAAAAUAUCUCGGAAAUAAGUAAAACUUCGAUUUUAGUAGUAAAUUUCUAGUCAUAUUCUAUAAUCCCCAUACCUUCUCAUCUCUGCACCGUCAAGAAAAUAAAUGGCAGACGAACCAGAUACAUACGACGCUCAGAAGGAAGCUGCUGAGCAAGCUACACUCCCAUACAAAUGGUCUCAGACUAUUUCUGAUUUGGAUAUCACCGUUGAUCUCCCUGCUGGCAUACGUGCGAGAGAUCUCAGCAUUAUUAUUAAAAGGCGUAAACUUAGUAUCGCUAUUAAAGGCUCUGAAGCUAUAGUAGACGGCACAUUAUUCGCAGAUAUCAAAGAGGAGGAUUCAACUUGGUCUGUUUCUGAUGGCAUGCUAAAUGUACACUUUGAGAAGGUGUCACAAGCUGCAUGGUGGCCUUGCGUAGUUGAGGGCGCCCCCAGGAUCGACACUAAGAGAAUCGUCCCUGAAAAUAGCAAACUUAGCGACCUUGACGGCGAAACACGUGCUAUGGUUGAGAAAAUGAUGUUUGACAAUCGUCAGAAGGAGAUGGGUCAACCAACGUCUGACCAGCUUAAGCAACAAGAGAUGCUUAGCAAAAUACAAUCAGCCAACCCAGAUAUGGACUUUUCGAAAGUUCAAAUGCAGUAGUUGUGGAAUAGGAAAAAUUUCAUACGCUCAAACGCCUUUUUAUGAUGUAAAUAAUGCAUUAACAAAGAAUCAAAGAUGUUUUUC